AACAAAACAACUGGCUGCUGUAGAGUUAGACUAAUCAGCCAUGCUCUCUUACACCAGCUGCAAACUGUGAAAGAUUUUUCCUAUUUGGAUCAUUUAAUUUCAUGCCAUGCUUCAACAUUACGGUUUACAGGUAUUCUACUCUUUGGAGAAGUAAUUUCUGUCCUCAGGACACUCACACUGCUACAGCCCAUGAAGAGCAUCUUCUGUUUGAUGUGUUCAUAAGGUAGACUCCAGGGACAAGCAGCUAAUCAAUUAACAGCCUUCCAGGACAAAGAACGCCACACAUCCCCCGGAAUAGUUGGAUCAAUUCUGUGCACUGGGAGACCUUUGUCUUGUUUGAAUCAACAUGGAAAGGAAUCUUAAGAAUGUUUUGGUCAUUGCUUUUGGAUUUUUACUUCUCUUCACUGCUUAUGGAGGGCUCCAGAGUCUACAGAGCAGUCUCAACUCUGAGGAAGGCCUGGGCGUUGCUUCCCUAAGCGUUCUCUAUGCUGCUCUUAUCGUCUCAUCCAUGUUUCUCCCUCCAAUUCUCAUCAAGAAACUGGGCUGCAAGUGGACCAUUGCAGGCUCCAUGUGCUGCUACAUUGCCUUCUCCCUGGGGAACUUCUACGCUAGCUGGUACACACUAAUCCCUACCUCUGUGAUCCUGGGCUUAGGAGGAGCACCACUCUGGUCUGCCAAAUGCACUUACCUCACCAUUGCUGGCAAUUCAUAUGCCGAGAAAGCAGGAAAAAUUGGGAAAGACAUUAUUAACCAAUACUUUGGGGUCUUCUUUCUGAUAUUUCAGUCCUCUGGAAUCUGGGGAAAUCUUAUUUCAUCCCUGAUACUUAGCCAAUCUUCCAACAAAGUGGAAAUCUCAGAAGAAGACCUGGUAUGCUGUGGGGCGUAUGAUUGUGUGAGCAAUACCACUAACACCACUGCCUUGGCAGAACCCUCUAAAUCCUUGGUCUACACUCUGCUAGGGGUCUACACUGCUAGUGGUGUGCUAGCUGUGUUGCUGAUUAUUAUAUUUCUGGACCAGAUCAAAUCUGACCAAGCAGAGACUGAGAAAGAAAUACAAAAGACACCAUCCUUUUGGUCUACGUUCCUAGCAACUUUCCAGCAUCUUAAAGAUAAAAGACAGUGUCUUCUAAUCCCUCUGACAAUGUACAGUGGGUUUGAACAGGGAUUUCUUGCUGGUGACUACACAAAGACUUACGUGACCUGUGCCCUGGGGAUUCAUUAUGUUGGUUACGUGAUGAUCUGCUUUUCAGCUGUGAAUUCCCUCUGUUCUCUGCUCUUUGGAAAGAUCUCUCAGUUCACGGGUAGAAAAUUUCUAUUUGCAUUAGCCACAGUUACGAACACCUCCUGUAUAAUAGCACUACUGCUGUGGAAACCUCAUUUUAACCAGCUUGUCGUGUUUUUCAUAUUCCCUGCUCUUUGGGGCUUAUCGGAUGCCAUUUGGCAGACACAAACUAAUGGUCUUUAUGGCGUUUUAUUUGAGAAACACACUGAGGCUGCCUUUGCAAAUUACCGUCUCUGGGAAUCAUGUGGAUUCGUCAUUGCCUUUGGUUACAGCACCACGCUGCGAGUCUACAUCAAGCUGUACAUUUUACUGGCUGUGCUUACGUUGUCUAUGGUGACAUAUGGAGUGGUUGAGUAUCUGGAAGCUAAGAGAUCCCCUGGGACACCUGCUGCCUCAGAAAAGGAAAAUAAGGGACCUCGCACCCAGGAAACAUUUAUGUAAACCCAUCAGGGUCAGAGUAAUCAAGGCCAUCUCCUAUAGGCAGGUUUCCACAGGUGUUCCAUUGUGUACUGUCUCCAGGCAGAGGGUAAAGAAACAGAUUUUAGGACCAAUAAAAUACAAGUGUCUUAGGAGUAAAAAUGUCUUUUUGACAUUUCAGCCUUAUAAAGGAAGAUUAUCUGACUUCAUCCUUUCAUACAACUGUCUCUUUUUUUUUUUCUUAAUUAAUAAAGUAUUGAUAAAUGUA